AUGCGGUUCGAAUGCAUCCUGGAAGCGCCCACCGCAGCAGCACAAAAAGUCGAUGAGCCCGCGCUGACGUACCUGAACAAGGGCCAGCUAUACGGUAUUUCGCUGCAGGACCGCACACACUCGGAGGAGUAUUUUAGCACCACGUUGCGCAUCACGUUCCAUGAGGACUCCCACCGCAAGGGCGCAUCGACGUACUGGAACUUUUGGCUGAACCAGCAGGAGAACCCGCGCACAGCUCGCGCCGUCGAGCUCGACAAGGCCGGGUCCAUCGGCGUCAUUGCUGCCGAGAGCCGCCUGUUUGAUCGUGUCACGUUCCAGUGGCAGGGCAGGCGCGGCGCCAAGGUCAUGAUCCGCUUCAACUGUCUGUCGACCGAUUUUAGCCGAAUCAAGGGCGUCAAGGGCAUCCCGCUGCGAAUCCACCUGGAUACGUGCCAGGCGGUCAUCGAGCGGUGCUACGCACGCGUCAAGCUGUUCCGUGACAAGGGCGCUGAACGCAAGAACAAAGACGAUCAGCGGCACAUGGACAAAAUGUGGGAGAAGCACAAGGCAAAGCAUGCGCUGAACAACAGCACCCAGUCGCACCAGCAGCAGUAUGCCGAAUUCAACAUGACCUUUGCGCCUGUGCAGCCAGUCACUGGCUUCAUCGAAUACACAAUGACUGGCGAUGACUGCGAUCCCGAUGAGCCAACGGCUGUCGACGAGCUCGGGCUCAACUCGCCCAUCGCCACCACAUUCCCGCGGAAGCGGUCUGCCGAGAACUCGGAGGCCUUGUCGCCAAACAAGCGCCAGUUCUCGCCCACGUCCUUGUCGUCGGGUAUCAACGCGAGCUUUACGUCCGGCGCGGUUGAGCUGGUCGGUGUUGACCCGACGUACGUGCCGAUGCCGCGCAAGAACAAGGCGGUACUGGCAAUCUACGUCAAGGUGAUGGGCCAGGCGGUCUACCGGGCCGUGUACCUGGACCGUCUGGCUGUCGAUGACUUGGUGUCCAAGCUGACGCAAAAGCUUGAGAUCCAGGCCAACUCCGACAUCGAGGUCAUCCGUCGCACCAAGAAGGGCCUGACUGUACGCGUCGACGACAACGUCAUUUCCCAACUCGAGGAUGAGCAGGAUAUGGAAAUCGAAUGCUCAUUCGCUCCUGACACUGGCGCCCUGACCAUCUACCUCAACUACUAA